AUGAAGCUAAGUCUAGUCUCGCGUGACGGUGCACGAAGUGCGGAUGACUCGGAAGAGUUGUGCGAAAGCUGCAUCGCCCGCAAUAUCUCGGCCAAGUACACGGACCCGUUCACGAAGCUGAGGUACGCUACAGCCGAAGAGUACGCGCUGAUCAAGCAGUUGACGCCCGACAUCGUUACCGGUUAUUUGACUCUCCGCCGGGCGAAUCUCAUUCUCUGA